GCCCAGGGGUUAGCGCAAGGUGGCCCCAGCCUCCGACUGCAGUGCAAAGGAGUCCGGACGUCCCCACCCUCCGGCUCCGGAGAACCAAACCUUCAGCUGCUUCUGAUCGGCUGCCUCAGACUUGGAACCGUACGAGCUCUCGGGAAGACUGGCCAGGGUGCAGCGCCCCGCGAGGGGUCCCAGGUCGGCAGGACAGUCGGACUGAACCACUGGGCUCGUUCUGCGAGUCGAAGCUGCCGCCUUCCUUCCGCUCCAAGCGCUUGCCCCGAGAGGAACACAGACCCCCCUCUGCCGUGGCUGCCGGCGAGAGCCUAGGCUGCAGGUGUUCCAGUGAAGUGACAUCUCCACCUCCGUGGACAGGACACCCUCAGGAGUUCAGCUAGCAGUCACUGGACCUCCGGAGCCUCCAUGGGUGCUUGAGGGCUGGGCGCCAGGGCGGCGGGCACGAGCAUGGUGAGACACCAGCCGCUGCAGUACUACGAGCCCCAGCUGUGCCUCUCCUGCCUCACCGGCAUCUACGGCUGCCGCUGGAAGCGCUACCAGCGCUCUCAUGAUGACACCACACCGUGGGAGCGCCUCUGGUUCCUGCUCCUCACCUUCACCUUUGGCCUCACGCUCACCUGGCUGUAUUUCUGGUGGGAAGUCCACAAUGACUACGACGAGUUCAACUGGUACCUCUACAACCGCAUGGGCUACUGGAGUGACUGGUCUGUGCCCAUCCUCGUGACCACAGCUGCUGCCUUCACAUACAUCGCAGGCCUCCUGGUGCUGGCGCUAUGUCACAUUGCCGUGGGGCAGCAGAUGAACCUGCACUGGAUGCACAAGAUUGGGCUGGUAGUCAUCCUGGCCUCCACUGUGGUAGCCAUGUCAGCCGUGGCCCAGCUGUGGGAGGACGAAUGGGAAGUGCUGCUGAUCUCCCUGCAGGGCACAGCACCAUUUCUGCACAUGGGGGCCCUGGCUGCCAUCACUGCACUCUCCUGGAUCGUGGCUGGACAGUUCUCCCGCGCAGAGCGGUCCUCUUCCCAGGUGACCAUUCUCUGUACCUUCUUCGCUGUGGUCUUUGCCCUCUACCUGGCCCCUCUUACCAUCUCCUCUCCCUGCAUCAUGGAGAAAAAGGACCUGGGCCCCAAGCCUGCCCUCAUCGGCCACCGCGGGGCCCCAAUGCUGGCCCCAGAGCACACACUGAUGUCCUUCCGGAAGGCACUAGAGCAGAAGCUGUAUGGGCUCCAGGCUGACGUCACUGUCAGCCUGGACGGUGUGCCCUUUCUCAUGCACGACACCACGCUGCGGCGCACCACCAACGUGGAGCAGGCAUUCCCGGAGCUCGCCCACAGGCCCGCCUCCAUGCUCAACUGGACCGUCCUGCAGAGGCUCAACGCCGGGCAGUGGUUCCUGAAGACUGACCCCUUCUGGACGGCCAGCUCCCUGUCACCCUCCGACCUCAGGGAGGCCCAGAACCAGUCCAUCUGCAGCCUGGAAGAGCUGCUGGAGCUGGCCAAGGGCAACGCCACGCUGCUCCUCAACCUCCGCGACCCGCCCCGGGAGCACCCCUACCGCAGCAGCUUCCUCAAUGUCACGCUGGAGGCCCUGCUGCGGUCUGGCUUCCCACAGCACCAGGUCAUGUGGCUGCCAAACAGGCAAAGGCCCCUCGUGCAGAAGGUGGCUCCCGGCUUCCAGCAAACUUCAGGCUCCAAGGAGGCUGUCGCCAGUCUGCGGAGGGGCCACAUACAGCGGCUGAACCUGCGCUACACUCAGGUGUCCCGCCAGGAGCUCAGGGACUACGCGUCCUGGAACCUGAGUGUGAACCUCUACACUGUCAAUGCGCCGUGGCUCUUCUCCCUGCUGUGGUGCGCUGGGGUCCCGUCUGUCACCUCUGACAACUCCCACACCCUGUCCCAGGUGCCUUCCCCACUCUGGAUCAUGCCCCCGGACGAGUACUGUCUCAUGUGGGUCACCGCCGACCUGAUCUCCUUCACCCUCAUCGUUGGCAUCUUCGUGCUUCAGAAGUGGCGCCUGGGUGGCAUCCGGAGCUACAACCCUGAGCAGAUCAUGCUGAGCGCUGCAGUGCGCCGGACCAGCCGGGAUGUCAGCAUCAUGAAGGAGAAGCUCAUCUUCUCAGAGAUCAGCGAUGGCGUGGAGGUCUCCGAUGAGCUCUCCGUAUGUUCAGACAGUAGCUACGACACAUAUGCCAACAGCACUGCCACGCCUGCGGGCUCCCGAGGGGGCAGCAGCCACACCAAGACCCUUACAGACCGGGGUGGGCGUUAGCAGAAGACCUGUCUGUCUGGGCCUGUACCUGACAUAGAAACCAGGAGAGCCCAGGAGAGCUGGCGUGUUGGACCGAGAGCUCCGGGAGCUGGCUCCGCAGCCUCUACUUGGGGCCUGGCCCCUUGUCACCAUGACCUCUCUUGGAGGGUGUUUCCUCUCCCCUGAGGCCCAGCGGGGCCAGGAUUCCAGCCUUUCAGAUGCCCCUGCAGGCCUGGGGCUCCUUCUUCUGGGAAGUGUGGGGUCUGGGGCCUGGUCCUGCUCUCACAGGCCUCUCUCACAUCCCAGCCAGAAAGCUUUGAUGGGUCACUGGAUGGUGCCAUCUUCCGUGGCAACGAGGAUGUAAUUGCCCACCUGUGUCUGUCUACCUGUCCACACCAUGGGCAACUGACUUCUCCAUUUUUAUCCUGCCUUGAAGACCUGGGCUAGGCUUUUACCCCUGGCCCCUGGCAGCUCUGCUCUCCAUGUCAGUCUCAAAGCACAAGGAAGUUCUGCCCAGGGAGAAAGCCGGUGGCUGUGAUCCAGAUACAUCCUCCUUCCCAACCAGCCUCCCACCAGCACCACCAGCCCCUGCCCCACCAGAGGGCUUGAACCAUGUCCCCUAGGAGGAGCUGGAGAUAGCCAGAAGUACAGGCUUAGGGCUGGUCUAUGUCACACCCAAGUGUCCAACAGGCCUCUGGGGAAGAAGUGGCCCUGAGGCCCAGGAGAUCUACAGACUGAUACAAUCUCAUGUUCCCCCACUGUGGCCCCAGGGCAAAGACCCCUUAGGAAAAGUGUUCUGAGCAUGAUGAAAUAUGGACAUGUGGCCAGUAGGCCUGCAGUGGAGGGAGCCUGAGGGCCUCGUCCAGGAUGAUUAAAGCUGCCAUCUUGA